CUCCAUGACAGAGCGGAGUAGCGCGAAGGGAACAAUGAUGUCGGAGCAGGAGGCUCUGAAGAGGAACCGUGGAGGAGUGCAGCGGGUGGAAGGGAAACUGCGCGCCAGUGUGGAGAGAGGAGACUACUAUGAAGCCCAUCAAAUGUAUCGGACUUUAUUCUUUAGGUAUACGUCUCAGUCCAAGUUUGCAGAAGCUCGGGAGCUGAUGUAUAAUGGAGCUCUGCUUUUCUUUAGUUAUAACCAGCAAAACAGUGCAGCAGACCUGUCCAUGCUAGUCCUGGAGACUUUAGAGAAGUCAAAGGUUGACGUAGAAGAGGAAAUCCUGGAACAACUGGUCAAGCUGUUCAGCCUGAUGGACCCCAACUCCCCCGAAAGGGUGGCUUUCGUCUCACGGGCGCUCAAGUGGUCCACGGGCGGCUCAGGGAAGCUGGGACACCCAAAACUACACCAGCUGCUGGCGGUCACGCUGUGGAAGGAACAAAACUACAGCGAGUCUCGCUACCACUUCCUGCACUCCUCAGACGGUGAGGGCUGCGCUCAGAUGCUGGUCGAGUACUCGACCGCGCGCGGGUUUCGCAGCGAGGUCGAAAUGUUCGUGGCUCAGGCCGUCUUACAGUUCCUCUGUCUAAAGAACAAAACGAGUGCGUCGGUGGUGUUCACCACGUACACGCAGAAGCACCCGUCCAUAGAGAAGGGCCCUCCGUUCAUGCAGCCGCUCCUCAACUUCCUCUGGUUCCUCCUCCUGGCGGUCGACGGUGGAAAGCUGACAGUCUUUACAGUAUUAUGUGAACAGUACCAGCCAUCGCUGAAGAGGGACCCCAUGUACAACGAGUACCUGGACAGAAUAGGACAGCUGUUCUUUGGCGUUCCACCCAAACAGUCCUCUUCAUACGGUGGUCUACUAGGGAAUCUGUUGAACAGUCUAAUGGGCUCGGGUGAGGAAGAGGAGGGUGAGGAAGUUCAUGAGGACAGCAGCCCAAUCGAGCUGGACUGAACGUCGCACGCCUGCACACGCACCCUCCGAGUUAGAGAACACACACCGAACUGAAUCAAACUCCACCUGACCCUUAUUUUCUUUCACCACGUGUCCUGGAAUAAGUAGCUGCAGGGGUUUAUUUUUUUAUUUUGCUCUUUUUUUGUUUGUUUAGUUGUCAGAAGAGGUGGUUGAGGCAACAUCUGGACUCGUGCGACAAAACCCUCAGCAGCUCCAUGAGAAUAAACUAAUGAAUGAAUAAAUAAACUGUGUGAAAAGGGAGAA